CGAUUUGGGCCGGCCAUGGAGGUCGGAGUUAUCGAUGUCGAGCGGCAGUUGCCCUUCUCGAACUCAUCGACCAUAAAAGCGCCACAAUCCCUUGCGAAAAGGAUCAGAUUGCUGAGCACCAUGGCGGCGAUCGCGAGCUCCCUCGUCUCCGUCAACGGGCCUUACCUCCAACGGAACUCCGGAAAUGCGUUGAAGAUGUCGGAGAAAUCUUUUGUCAUUUGCCAUCCUCUCGGUUUGUCUUCUGCUCCUCUUCGCCGAAAGAGUGCUGGAGUCGCAAUUCCCAAAGGUCGAUGCAUUCCCAGAGCUUCUUAUAGAGAGGGGGGAAGGUCAAGCACUGCGAGCUCAUUCAUUGGUGGCUUUUUGCUGGGAGGAAUGAUGGUUGGCACACUUGCUUGUGUCUAUGCACCUCAGAUCAGCAAAGCACUGGCUGGCACAGACAAAAAAGAACUUAUGAGGAAGUUGCCAAAGUUCAUCUAUGACGAGGAGAAAGCUUUGGAGAAAACCAGGAAGGUGCUGACACAAAAGAUUGAUGAACUUAACCUGGCUAUCGAUGAGGUUUCUUCUCAAAUCCAUGCAAAUGACAAGCCAAAUGGAGUGGCAGUGUCUCCUGAUGAGAUUGAAGCUGCUAUAUGAAUAUCAACUAUGUCCAGCAGUUGUGUUCGCUAAGCUAGUUCUCCCUUUGCCGUCUGCUUCUUUUCAAGUUGCAACUUGUCGAUCGGUUGGAACUCGUCAAUGAAUAAUAUGGUUCUUGAUUCACUAAAAUAUGUAAACCCUAGCCGCUUGGUUGGGUUGCAUGGAUUGUUAGACUUUAUGAUUGCAUCACAGUGAAAUUUAGUUGUAAGUGUUUAUUAGAA